CCCUCCCCCAGCAACGGACUCCGAUGAGGGGGCAAUUGGGUAGAGAAGUAGUAGCAGCAGCAGUGGUAGCGUGGGAUCACCCCCCCGGGACAUGAGAGACAAGCCUCUGGUGGCCAACGGCACAGACAGACAGACAGCCUUCCAACCACGGAGGAGCCCCGCUUUCUCGGCGCCGUGGUGGUUGGUGAGGUGCUGGGAGCUUUCCUCACGCUCCAGCCAGCGUCCUGUCGUUCCCCCCCCCCUGUUUUCCGCUGGGAAGGGAGGGGAGCUUCUCCACUCUCAUCAGGGCUAAGCGGACCUCAAUUGGAGCAACGUGACCGGAAUGCACUGCGUUUCUUGUGCGGUGGUAUUGAUGAGUUUAGCUGUGGGAGUGUACGCUGAUCCCUGUCCCCCGGGGCUGUGUGGCUCGUGAAGUGGUGCCUUGCAUUGGUUGUGCCGGAGGUUUGGAGUGGUCUGGAGGUGUUUUGUUAUGUUACAGGUGCUGCGGUUCCUUGCUGCGGGGUUGCAUUGGCGGGGGCUGCGUCUUCCCGUGGACUUUCGUCGAGGGGAGUAAGGGUUGUUGGUGUUGUAGCUUUUGUGUGGAGUGGAGCAGAACUGAGCCUAGCGCUAGGGAUUAGGAGAGGUGGAGAAUUACGCGUAGGGGAAGGAAGGAAGGCUCCAGGAUAUGUGUUGAUGUAGGAGUUUUUUUCUUCCUAUGACGUAGCUUCUCUGUCAGAAUGUGAGUUUUCCGUAUUUGUGCUUUGGAGUGUUUAUGACUGGGGGUCGCUGGUGGAGCUUGGGGUUGGAGGUGGGGUUUUGUGCUGUUGGAAAUAGCAUGGCAGUGUAUCGGCUGGCUGUGAGUGAAAAGAGCACUCGUCAAAUUAUUGUUGGUUUGCGGAUUUUUGUGGAGCUUUGUUGAAAGUGUUUAAGAGUUUGCAGCUCUUUGUUGGAGAAAGAAGCAGAAGGAUCUAGCGCAGGAAUUACGGUUGUUUUCGUUUGCAAGUUUGUAGCCUCGACCGGGGAUUUUAUUUUUUUUCUAGCGUUGAAAACAGAAGCUUGUGUUCGUGCCGGAGAGAUCAAUUAAGUUUUCAAUUGAACAAGCAGAGUACAAGUUGGCAGUAAUCGUCUCUUAGAGACGGUCACUAUGGUCAUUAAGGCGAUGAAGUGGCCACUUCGUCAGCACUUUUCCAAGAAAUAUCAAGUCAAUCUGGUUUUGAACAAGCUUGAAGGGCUGUCUCCAAAUGAUUCCGAGGAAGCCAAAUUGUAUGUCGAUUUGAAAUGGAAGGGACCAAAGAGUGCCCUUGGUUCCCGAUUUCGAAGUAUGAAGCGGGAGAAGACGAAUGCUCUGCCGGUGGAGAACAGCGGAUCAGUAUCAUGGGACAAAAAGUUCGAACAUGUGUGUGUUCUUACAAACGACAAAGAUGGUGUCUUUCAACCGUGGCAUGUGCACCUCGUUCUUUGCGAGGCAUUACCGGAAAAUUCGAAAGGCAAGGUCUCUGUGUUGGGCACUGUCAUUCUGGACCUCGGAGCUCUGGCUUCCUCUGCAACCUCUUCUCACAAUCCCAUAUCCUUGCCUGUGACAUGCAAACGUGGAGAUUGUAACGUUGAAGCGACUUUUGGGAUUACCUUCAGCUUUUCAGAGCUGCGGACGGUGUAUGAGACAGGAUUUGAGAGCGUGCAUAGGCUCGUGGCACCUGCAAUGGCAUGUAUGGGUGGGAAUGCUCACACUUGGGAGCCUGAGGGUGAUGAUGUGGUGAAGGUUCAUCCUGAUCCGGAGAAGAAGAAGAAAUCUUCCAAGGAAUUAUCAAGGGAACACGUGUUGGGUUUGAAAGCCAAGAGAAAUCUUCAGGUUGAGGAUGUUGAUCCAACGGAUACUGGAAAGUUCUCCCCUCGUAGUGUUGGAAGCAUACAGGAUGGCUUGGAUCUCUUUGACUCGGACUGGGUCGAUGAUUCUGAUGUGGAGGAGUAUGGCGAGGAAGUUGAAGUAGUUAACAUUGGGCAGUUUGUUGGCUAUGGAACACUAGCUGGGGUCAACCUGGUUGUUGAGGGUGCGCUGCCUCACCAUGCGGAUGAAACAGCUAGCACCGUAAUUGAUGAUACUGAAGGUCGUGACACUAUGUACAGUCGAGCCGCUCUCAUGGCAAUUCCUAAAGUGGAUGCGACUCUGGAGGAGGUCUCAACAUCAGAGGCUGCGGAAUUGGUGUCACAAGGCUCUUUGAUGAGUAUGCUUUCUUGGCGGAAGAGAAAGUUGAGUUUCAGGUCACCUCGAUCUCGCGGGGAGCCAUUGCUGAACAAAGCUUAUGGGGAGGAAGGUGGUGAUGAAAUUGACUGGCAUCGACGGCAGGCAGAUCCAACAAGUCGAAAGAGCGAGGACAGCCUUGCACUUGCCGCCGGAGCACUGGAUUUUGGGGAAACUCUUUUCGCCGUAGGAACAUGGGAGCAAAAGAAUAUUAUUAGCAGGGAUGGACAGACACAGCUUUCGACGAAGGUGUUCUUCGCUUCCUUUGAUCAGCGUAGUGAGAGCGCAGCGGGGGAGAGUGCUUGCACCGCCCUUGUAGCGGUCAUAGCCGACUGGUUACAUAAGCACCCCACUCUUGUGCCCAGCAAAACUGAAUUUGACAUGCUGAUUCGGGAAGGUUCUGCUGAGUGGAGAAAACUAUGCACUGUGGAAGCAUAUAAGGAUCGGUUCGCAGACAAACACUUUGAUUUGGAAACUGUUAUUGAAGCAGCAGUGCGGCCACUUAGAGUCGUACCUGAGAUGUCCUUCGUUGGGUUUUUCGUUCCCGAAGGUGUAAGCCACGAGUCCUUGGAGUUCUUGCAAGACGCUAUGUCAUUUGAGAGCAUCUGGGAGGAGAUCGAGCGAGCAGGACCAGCUGUCUACAUCGUAAGCUGGAAUGACCACUUCUUUGUGCUCAAACUGGAAGAUGAUAGAUGCUACAUAUUUGACACAUUAGGAGAGAGGCUUCAAGAAGGUGGUGAACAAGCCUAUAUAUUACAGUUUGAUGCCCAGACCAGUCUUGGUCCGACACCAAUUCCAAAACCUGAAGAUGUCAAGAUUGCAAGUCAGUCGGAAACAAUAGCAGCAGAGGUGUCAGAUUAUAUGACAUCAGUGAAAGCGGGAUGCGACAGCGACACUGUUUCUCCACCUUCUGAUGAUGUUGCUUCGACUUGUGGAGUUCCCAUGGAACUAGUCCUUUCGACUGCGACAUGCCAUGGGGGAACAGCUUCUUGCUGUCAGUUUAUAAAGGAAUUUUUCGCUGCUCUGCCUCUGCGAGAGCUUCAAAGUGACAUUAAGAAGGGUCUACUUGGGAAGGUCCCUCUCCAUCAGUUGCUGCAAAUCGAAUUUCACUUCACUAAUCCCUGGCCCUGCUCAGAGUUGGUUCCUGUUUAAGGUGUUAUCGCAGAAAGCUUUUCUGUUGAGGUAGCUCCUAUUAGAAUGUCAGAAGGGGUAUCGCUCGGAUUGUACUAGAACAGCACUCAUGGGUUGCACUGCUGUAUGCUUUCACUGAUGAGAUCAAAUAGCGUUUCAAUUCUUUAUGAAUAGAGUAUGAGUCCGAGAAGUGGCUAUCGAAGGAGAUGUUUGAUGGUUUCGUUUGCAGAUUGAGGUCUGGAUCAUCUUCAGGGUACUGCUAAGGGAUUGCAUCCUUGCGGUAUUAUCAAGGAUAUACCUUCAUUGGAUAUUUCUACUGCGAGUCGAGAUCGUGGUCUUGGUGGUAGCAAGGAGUCGCGGAUUGGAUUGCUGACUGAGAAGGGUCUGAUUACCCUGCGUAGGAGCUGGAGUUUGUAACCAUUCUUAUUGUCGCGUACAGGAGACUUCUGCCUUGUUCAGAAAAGGUCUAGAAUGACUUGAAUUACCCUUCAAACAAGGUUCCGUGGCCCGCAGACGCUCCUAGGAUCCAGAAAGCUGCGCCGACGCAUUGCUUUUGGUGUUUUCGCAAAUAAUGAUGCGGAAAUUCCGAGAAGGUUAAAUGACGAUGAGCUUUCCCAACGGUUCCAGUCAAUGAUAGCUUUGGGACAACUGACUAGCUACAAAUAUCGAGAAAAAUGAAUAAUUUACUAGCAUCAUGUGGCCAGGUCAUGAGCAUUUAUCUUCAAUCCAGUUGUACACUAGUAGCAGCUUGUAGCCUCCACGUGGGUGAUACUCCAAUUUAUAAUUUUCUUCUUAUAUUUAUGCGACAGUGGAAGUAGUUUGGCUCUGAUACGACCUCAUUGGUCUUGACAACAUUAGAUAUGUAGGAAUUUUUCACUCAUGAAUAAAUUUAGAACUGUCAUAUUAUUGGUUCUGAUUCUGUA